AUGAUGACAAUAACGCUGCUAUUAUUGACAGAUGACGGUAACGACGAUGAAGGCAAUAAUAGUGAUAGUGAUGUUGGUACUGGUGAUAGCUGUAGAACUCUUUCGGUAAAGAUGAACAAGUUGACACUAUUACUGGCAACAAUAUGGGAUCCGCAUUGGUUGAAUAAGACGAUGACCAGGACGACGUUAAUGCUUCUUGCUGUUGAUGAUAGAAAUGCUGAUGACGAUGAUAAUGAUUUUGGAGAGCCGAGUAUUAGCAGUAGUGACAGCUAA